AUGAGCAAGCGCCGUUCACGGCAAAGCUCAACGGAAGAUGCUUCACCGGACUACAGGAUGGCUGCGGCGGAUGCCGUAAGGAAAGCCAAGAAGCCCAGAACCUGGCAAGGAGUGGGAGCGGUGGUGGCUCCCGACCAGGUCAGCGGGCCGGAACCGGAUGUUGCAACAGUCAGCGACCCAUUUCAACACCAAAACGCAGCUCGAACAGUGACUGAAGUCGGCGAAGCGAUCGCGUUGCGUGCAUCGUCGGUAAAUAGCCACAGAUGCGGCAAGGCAACACGCCUGGAGAAGUCGGCCACGCACACAUCCGAGAAGGAGAACAAACGCUCGAGAGACAAAGAUAAGACGGCAAGCCGCAGAAGCAAGACGGGCGGCGCCAAGGGAGAGGGACUAGGCCUCAGCCUUUUGAGCCUGUUCCGAUAA